AACCAAAGAAAAAUAUAUUUGCUGAAAUGGGUAUGCGACCUAACAAUGGCAGAAUGGAAGGAUGGUUGUAUACUAUUAGGUCCAAUAGAUUUGGCUUACAGUUUUCUCGCAAGAGGUAUUUUAUUCUUGAAGAAAACUACCUCAAAUUCUACAAAACGAUACCCACUUCACAAAACGAGGAGCCGGUUAGAAGUGCAAUAAUUGACUCCUGCAUUCGCAUUACAGAUAAUGGAAGAGAAAGCAUCAAUAGAAAAGUCUUCUUCAUUUUCACACUGUACAGUACUUUAAAUUACAAUGAUCAGCUUAAGUUGGGAGCAAGUAGCUCAGAAGAUGCUGCAGGAUGGAUUCGUUCCUUGCAGAAUGCUGUGUUGAAGGAGUGCCCAAAUCCCGGAAAGGACUUUGUGGCUAGUUCUAAUAGGAAAUGGCCUCCUCUAAGACUAAGCGUCUCAAAGAGAGUGGACUGCAAGGGAUUAGUAGAUUUUUACUCAAGUAUGCAUACUGAGGCGACGACUUCAGAUGUUAUUGCACCCUCUCCAUGGAAAAUAUUUGGAUGCCAGAACGGACUGCGUCUUUUCAAAGAGGCAAAAGAUUGGGAUUCUCAAGAGAGGCAUUGGGAUGAACAUCCAGCAAUUAUGGCAGUUGGUGUGGUUGAUGGGACUUCAGAGGCCAUUUUCCGGACUCUUAUGUCACUUGGUCCAUUAAGAUCAGAAUGGGACUUUUGUUCUUACCGGGGUAGCACUGUUGAGCACCUUGAUGGUCAUACAGAUAUUAUUCACAAGCAGUUGUACAGGGAUUUGUUACCCAGGGGAAUGAAAAGAAGAGAUCUUUUGUUGCGACGUUAUUGGAGAAGAGAAGAUGAUGGGACAUAUGUGAUCCUAUACCAUUCUGUGAUUCACAAGAAGUGUCCACCACAGAAAGGCUAUGUUCGAGCAUGCCUUAAAAGUGGAGGAUAUGUAAUAACUCCUAUAAGCCAAGGAAGGCGAUCAAUUGUGAAACAUAUGCUUGCAGUCAAUUGGAGAUCUUGGAAAUUGUAUAUACUCCCGUCAUGUGAAAAAUCCAUAACCAUACGUAUGCUUGAAAGAGUUGCAGCGUUAAGGGAGCUAUUCCAAGCCAAAGAAGGAAAUUAUACUGCCCUUUCACCUAGAGAAUUGACAGGACAAGUUGUGCUUCCCCAGACUGAAAAAGCAGAUGUGGAAGUAAAAGCUAAAGGUGAAGGAAAGAUUGAGGAGGAACCUAAUUUGGUGGAAAAUGAAGCAGAAACACUUAGUGCAAGUUUAACUGCCCUGAACAGUGCCUCGGAUGAAUUCUAUGAUGUCCCUGAUACCAACGAAAUGAUGGAUUUUGACCUGGAAAAUGAAUGGUCUUCAGAAAUGAGCCCAGAGACGCAUACAGCAAGUAUGCUUCCACCGAGAUUAUCAUCUGCUGCAGGCAAAGUGAAAAAGAAGUUGCAUGACUUUGCAGUUCAAAAGAAGGGUUAUAUGGACUUACAGGAAUCGACCAAGGAAGAUGGUGUAAUGUGCUCCUAUGGAGCUACUCUUCAAAAAGAUCCAAACUAUACUUUACCUUGCAGUUGGGCUGCUGCUGAUCCUUCUACGUUUCUGAUACGUGGAAAAAAUUACUUGAAGGACAAUGAAAAGGUCAAGGCAAAGGGGACUUUGAUGCAAAUUGUUGGAGCAGACUGGUUGAGAUCGAACCGACCAGAAAGUGAUCUUGGUAGCCGUCCUGAUAGUAUUGUUCAGAGUUAUGCAGUGCAAGAUCGACCGGAAUUCUUCUUUAUUGUGAAUAUACAGGUUCCUGGUUCAACCAUGUACACCCUGGCAUUAUACUACAUGCUAAAAACUCCUCUGGAGGAAACACCUUUGCUACAAAAAUUUGUUAAUGGUGAUGAUGCCUAUAGGAAUUCAAGAUUUAAGCUGAUACCUUAUAUUUCCAAGGGAUCAUGGAUUGUGAAGCAGAGUGUUGGCAAGAAAGCUUGCUUGGUGGGGCAAGCAUUAGAAGUACAUUAUUUUCGGGGGAAAAACUACCUAGAGCUGGAAGUGGAUGUUGGAUCUUCCACAGUUGCCAGGGGGGUGGUCAGCCUUGUUCUUGGGUACCUGACCAAUUUGGUGAUAGAAAUGGCAUUUUUGAUACAGGGUGAAACUGAAGAAGAGCUCCCAGAAAUCCUUCUUGGGACCUGUCGACUGAAUCAUCUAGACGCAACAAAAUCAGUGCUAGUAUGACCAUGAUCUUCACCUACAAAUUAUUUUAUAUAUGCUCGAUCUCAUAUGAAAAUAAGUUUCAUAAUCAUUAGAUGAAAUAUUUACAUUUAGAUUUUGUACAAAUCUUGAUAUGUAUAAUUAGUUUAACGAUUAUGAAACUCAUUCUCAUAUGAAAUUGAGUUUAUAUCAUAUGCAUUUUUUGUAUUCUAUUUUUCAUGGGAAUUUGAAAUAAAGCAAGGCAGAGUGAAGAAGAUGCAUUAGGAACCUCGUGAUUCUUUGGUAGGGUAAUUCAUUUGUAGAAUACAGAUUCUUUUUUUU